UAUACAAGUGGCUAUGGAAACCACAAAGUACACACAUUGUCUAAAUUAGAAGAUAACAAUAAUAUUUAAGCAAGAUAGGUGAGGAAACAAGCUAAAUCAAUCAAAUGAAAAAUGAUUCAUACCCAAAAUCUUAAUUGGGUCCUUAUGUUGAUUCAGUAUUCACAUGGAGAUGUUGCCAAAUCCAAAUAUAUAAGAGGUUGAAAAACUAAUGAAACAAAACCCAUGUGAGAGUCUUGAUAAGGUGGGCCAUCCAUUUUUCAUCAACAAAAUUUCUCCCUACAUCAAUAUGGUAUAAAUAGCUAACAAAACCUCAUGCAUUGCAUAUCAUCCUUAGUCCUUAUACCAUUUCUCUUCUAAAGAACACAAAGUUCUUCUAAGGUUUUUACAUCCCAACGAAAUGGCGAUUCGAUUUUCGAUCAUUCUCUCUAAUGCUAAGCAAAUUCUUGCUAAGAGUCAGCAAGUGGUACCAAAGGGACACAUCCCUGUUUAUGUAGGAGAGCAAGCUGAUAAGAAGAGAUAUGUAGUUCCACUUACAUUCUUAAGCCACCCAACCUUCCAAGAGUUGUUACAACGUGCUGAAGAAGAGUUCGGUUUUAAUCAUCCUUUGGGCGGUCUAACGAUUCCUUGCUCCGAAGAAAUGUUCUUUGGCCUAACUUCUGAGCUGAAGUGCUAACAGAGAACAGUCAUGGUCAUCAGCCCAGUAUCCUGCACAAAGUCAAGGUACGGGGGAAGAUAUAGCAGACAAAUCAUAGCCGUACCCCUCUCGAGGGAGAGGGCAGAAGAAAUGUGCGAAAUCAAGAAAACCCUCAGGCAGUAAAAACCCUCAAAAUGAGAGAUGGUAACACCAAGAGCCCUGUUAACAGAGAAUAGUAUGAAGAUCAAUAGCAUGUUUCAGUACUUACUGACUGCUCUUUUUUUAGAGGCUUUUUAAAAUUUUUAUACAUAUUUAACAUUGUACAGAAUACAUUGUACUUUUCCCUCAGCUGCAUUAUUCAGAUGGGUGGUUCAUAGUAUAAAAUUUUUGAUACUCAAAAUUUGGAUUACAGUUGCAGUAUUCUUGGUUUUAUUUAUUGAAAUUUGUAUGUGGUCUUAUUUUAAUACACGGACAAAUCCAGAAUAUUAGUAUAUGAUAGGUACAGGUGUU